AUGCACGCCAAGGCCCUUGAAUAUCCAUGCUUUCAAAAGGGCUAUGCAAAGAGCGUGGGUCUGCACUGCGAUGCUCGAUUAAAAGACAUCAAUGACAAUGUUUUUGUGGUUCACUACAGCAGCGAAGGAAUUAGCAAGGUCCAUCUGGGUCCUCUGAUCAUUCAGGAACGCAAGGUCAAACGGCAACAGCCCCCGGUGUGUGCUUGUGUCUGGAGUGGUGUGCAGGAUAGCGCAUUGGCGGGAAGCGGGGAAGGGGGCGCGGCGCGCCGUGUACGGAUGGCGGGGAAAACAGGGCGGGCAGAAGUUGAUGGUUCCUUUUUGAAUAAAUCACCCGCUCCUGAGGCUUUGUUGUCAUUAAAGGGUACAUCCAAAAAUAAGUCAGCACCUAGCGAAACGAGCAUCUUAAAGCUGUCUGCUGUUAUGGCUUCCAUGGCGACCAACGAGAACCUCCCACCAACUGUCAUCAGGCAAUUGGCUAAAGAACUGAAGAACCUUGAUGACUCACCUCCAGAAGGGAUCAAAGUUAUUGUUAAUGACGAUGACUUCGCCACUAUUUUUGCUGAUAUUGAGGGCCCUGCUGGAACCCCAUAUGAGAAUGGAAUAUUCCGGAUGAAGCUAAUAUUAUCUCGUGACUUCCCUCAGUCACCUCCAAAAGGGUUUUUCACGACUAAAAUUUUCCAUCCAAAUAUUGCAACUAGUGGUGAGAUAUGUGUUAACACAUUGAAGAAGGAUUGGAAUCCUAGCCUUGGAUUAAGGCAUGUUCUGCUGGUAGUGAGAUGCCUCCUGAUUGAGCCAUUUCCUGAAUCUGCCCUGAAUGAACAAGCUGGGAAGUUGCUGCUUGAGAACUAUGAGGAGUAUGCACGGCAUGCCAGGCUAUAUACCAGUAUCCAUGCUCUCAGACCCAAGAAUAAGUCCAAGAGUGGAGCUAUCUCUGAGUCAAUGACAGCUCUGAAUAAGGGCCAGCCUCAUACUGUUCUUGCACCAAUAUCGACCUCUACCGGCACAAAAGCAUUUGGCCCAAAUUCACAGGAUCGGAACGCUGCCCCUUCUGCUGUCUCAGGUGGAGCACCGGCAGCGCCCAGGAAGGACGGGCCACUGGCCGUGAAAGUCCCCGUCGAUAAGAAGAAGAUGGAUGCGAGGAAGAAGAGUUUGAAGAGAUUAUAA